GUGGUAAUUAUGAUUGUGUAAGUACAACCGGGUGGUAAUUAUGAUUUUGGCAAUUGUCGGUACAGCUAUAACGCAGCUGGCUAUUCCGUGGUGCUCGAUGUUUCCCUUAAUGAUUACUACAAAGUUCCUCUCCGGUGUUAUGUGUGCAGUUUUGGAUGCAGGUGGAAACGCUGAGGUUAUCGGCACGUGGGGCUCGGAGUCCGGUCCGUGCAUGCAGGCGCUCCACUUUUGCUUCAGCGUUGGUGGAAUUAUUGCCCCUUUUGUGGCCAUGCCUUUUCUAGCGGAAACGAUAACCAGUCCAACGCCAUAUCUCGCAGAAACCGUGAAUAGUUCAGCUCCGUUUGUCGUAAAAACGGUAACCGAUCCUGCUACGUUUCUCAUUGAAAAAGUUACCGAUUCAAGGCCAUACUUCGCGGUAAGUGCAACCAUUCAAGCGCCGUUCCUUGACGCUGUAAACUCGUCAAUAAAUAAUGCAUGGUAUAUGUCAAUGUCAAAUGAGCACAAUGCAACAGAGCCAACGUGGUCAGCUUACAACAGGACGAUCCAGGAUAUGUCCGUCGACAACAGUACCAAUACAUCCGAAUCUCUGUAUGGCGAAUCGCGAAUAUUUAUAACCUACGCCAUUACCGCGGGAAUCAUAUUUUUAACUGCCGUACCUUUUGUAACGUUGAUUUGUAUUAAUGGCACCAACAGAACAAAGGAAGUACAUGGUCAAAACGAAGCCGACGAGCCCACUAAUUUUCAUUCGCUAUCGACUGCAAAGAAGUUGCUCCUCUUGCUGUUGCUGUCUCUACUCAUGUUCGUAUAUGUCGGUAUGGAAGACACAUUCGCUGGGUAUCUGAUGACCUUUCUGUUGGAGCAACUGAAAUGGAGUAAACCGAAAGGAGCUCUAGCCACUUCCGUAUUCUGGAUGGCGUUCGGAAUCAGCCGUAUGGCAGGAAUCCCUUUGGUGCGCGCAUUUCGACUACGAACAAUGAUGUUGAUAUUUUCUACACUGACGAUCGUUGCUUUUAUUGGUCUUCUUUUCGCAACAGUUUACGACAUAUAUAAUUUAGUCUGGUUAUUUAUAGUGGGAGUCGGAAUGUCAACUUCAAUUAUAUUCGCCGCCAUUUUUUCUUGGACUAAUGAGCACGUGGUUUGUGUCUCGGGUAAAAUUUCUGGAAUGUUUUUGACUUCCGCUUCCGCUGGUAUAAUGGUCUUUCCGUUGAUAUUUGGAUACACGAUGGAGCACAUUUCGCCAAUGUGGUUCGUCUACAUCCUAAUUGGUCAAAGCAUCACGUGGGUGUGUCUAUUUUUAGUAACAAUUUCGGUAACGAAUUCUUUACUAACUUUACUUCCAAAUAGUACGCCAAUUGAAACUCACAUUGCAAAUAGAAGUGAAACAACGAGAUUUUAAACAUACGAAUUGAGCGAACAAUAAAUUAAAUGAAUCUUUUUAACGUUUUCUUUUCAAAGUACAAACAAAAUACUUGAGAAUACAUGAUAUUCAAUAUAAACAUGUACAUGUAGUGUACACGUUUUGGAGAGAACUGUUCUUUCCAUACCUAUCGUAAACAUACAAUAAUUAUGAAUGUCAUAACUACGAUAUGUUUUACGACACUUGUACAUGUGUUGUAUGUUUGUCUUCUGGCGUCGGUCUUUAUUUGGCGUAAUAUCGUGAUCGGGAAAAAUGCAAAAGUUUAACAGCCGCAAAAUAACAUUAUUUAACAGUAUUGUGUGCUUGAGGUUGCAACUCAUUUAAAUCUACGUUUAAGUUUAAGAAUCUCGUUUUUCUUACAAUUCAAUCACGAAAACGAAAAGGUUUGAUAUUAUUAUUGUUUUGAAAAUGUACAAAUGGAUCAGAACAUUUGAUUGUACUCAAACAAUACCGGCAAUGACUGACUGCGCCGUUUUAUGCACAGGAAUUCGACAGCAAAAAUUAAACAAGAGAUGUGUUUGUCAGAACACAAUGUCCCCUAUUGCGCCGCUUUGAAGCCAUCAAUUUGACCUUUGACCUUGAAGGAUGACCUUGACUUUUUACACUAAAAAAUGUGCAGCUCCAUGAGAUACACAUGCAUGCCAAAUAUGAAGUUGCUAUCUUCAAUAUUCAAAAAGUUAUGACCAAACUUUAACGAAGGUUAAAGUUUUAUGAAAGAAAAAUACAAUGAUAUUUGACCAUUGACCUUGAAGGAUGACCUUGACCUUGACUUUUUACCACUCAAAAUGUGAAGCUCCGUGAGAUACACAUGCAUGCCAAAUAUGAAGUUGCUAUCUUCAAUAUUGCAAAAGUUAUCAAACUUUAACCAAGGUUAAAGUUUUGGGAAAAAAUGAAUGAAUAAAUGACAGACAGACAGGCCAAAAGCAAUAUACCCCCGAUCUUUCGAUCCGGGGGCAUAAUAAAAACACAAGCUGAUUAAAAAAACGUUUUAUUAAAUAACCCUUCUGAAACGAACCGCCCAUCAUGUAAUGUGGAUCGUGCUAUUUCCUUAAAGGAUAACACAUACUGUGACACGUAUUUCGCCUGAAUAGAAAAACAAAACGCGAAAGUUUAAAUGGAAGGAUGAGGACAACUUUAAUCAACACUAUGUUGGGUGUUGGAUGUAAGAAGUCUUCAGCAUCGUCGUGGACGUUUCUUACUUCCAUUUCUUUAAAUGUACAUUUUCACAUUAUUUCGUAGUUUCGUUUUUUUUUUGUAAAAAAAAGACAUUAAUUUAAUUUACUUACAAGAUAGGAUUUUUUUUAUUAUUAUCUUUAUCAAAGACCUUUUCAGAAACGAUCAGUCAAAAUGUCGAUGUCAUUUUAAACGCUAUGUCGGUAGUACAACUAUUUCGUAAAUGGUGAAAACAGAGACGUAGAUAACAGAGAUAGGAAGCUCGCCAAAUUUCGGCAAACUCUCGCACAUCGCGGGUUUCGGCGAGAUAAGCGCGCGACUGUUUGUCGGUUGCCACAGUAGUUAACACGCUUAUCAACAAUCCUGAAACGCGCUUUCGCGUUCAAGUUUUUUACUUGUGAUUUGAACAAAUAUUACUUAAAUUAGAAUGUACGUGGUAUUAUCACACAACUUUAAUGUGUCAAUUAAAAUAAUUCACACGCCGAAUUGUUUUAUUUAGCAAUUAUAUUCGGUUCCUAACACAGGUGGUUAGCGUGUGGCUAUGAUAUUAAUUAGUGAAAACAUAAUUUUGAAUGAUAAAUAAUAAUAUUUUAAAGAAAAAUCAACUUUUCCAUAAAAAAAAUUUUCACUAUCAAAUAUAUAAUUAUAUAACAAGGUAUUCCACUCCGAAUCACCCGAAAACAGGGUGCAUCGCUUUGAAUAGCCAUUACUUCAUCAAUUUUGCAGCGAUUUUCAGGAUCUAGGUCUUAUUCAACGCAUGAAUGAAUUUCCUUUCUGGAAAUGUACAUGUCUUGCAAUAUUUUAAAAAUACUGGGUCAACUUUUAAGAAAUAACACGAUACACAACUCGCGUAACCCACUUGACAGGAGCAAUCGGAAUCUUACGACAAACAACUAAUAAUAGAAUUGUUUUAAUUAGAUGUUUGUUUUUUAUUUUAAUUGCAGUGUUUUAAUUGUGUUAAUCCGAAUGCCAUUUACCUGUAGUAUAAUUUGAAUAAAGCUCUGGACAAA